AUGAAGUCAGCAGCAGCAAAAAUUAAUUGGACAAAGCUUCGGUUAUGUUACGGACUAAAUGCAGCAACAGUUUCAUCUUUAUCUGAGUUUCAAAAACGAAAUUCAGACGCCUGGACAAAAGUGCGUGCACUUCAAGAACAAGUGCAAAAUAUUGAUUUUAACCAUUACCGUUCUAUUUUAAAGAACCAUACAAUAUUAAAUGAAGUAGAGAAAGACAUGAAGACAUUUAAACCCCUUAAAUGGAAUACUGAUGCCCAAAUCAAAAUAAUCAACCUUUUUGAAGAAAAAGCACUUGAGAGUGCAGCAAAGACAGCCAAUAAUGUCAAUAAAGAGCUUACUCUUCUUCAAGAAACAUUGUCAAAUAUCCAGAAAGCACGCCCAAUAGAAGAUUUGACAGUACAAGACGUGUUAAUAGCAUGUCCUGAAAUUGAAAAAAAAGUAGAAAAAAUGGUAGAAAACGGGCAAUGGUCAGUUCCUGGAUAUAAAGAAAAAUUUGGGGACUUAACAAUCAUGUAA